AUGGUAAGCUUCAAGGAUCCGCCCAAGGACGACAAGAAGAAGAAAGACGCCGGAAAGUCGGCCAAGAAAGACAAAGACCCAGUGAACAAAUCUGGAGGCAAGGCCAAAAAGAAGAAGUGGUCCAAAGGCAAAGUUCGGGACAAGCUCAAUAACUUGGUCUUGUUUGACAAAGCCACAUAUGACAAACUCUGUAAGGAAGUUCCCAACUAUAAACUUAUAACACCAGCUGUUGUCUCAGAGAGACUGAAGAUUCGAGGUUCCCUGGCCAGGGCAGCUCUUCAGGAGCUGCUUAGUAAAGGACUUAUCAAGUUGGUUUCAAAACACAGAGCUCAAGUAAUUUAUACCAGAAACACCAAAGGUGGAGAUGCCCCCACUGCUGGUGAAGAUGCAUAAACAGGUCCAACCAACUGUACAUUUUGAAAAAUAAAACUUUAUUAAAUCAAAA